CAUCGAAUAUCAAGCCAACCAAGCUCAGUCCGCGAACUCACACCAGCCUACUCCUGGUUAGCCCCUCGCAAGCACCUCCAUCUAUCAGCUUGACCUUGGCCGAAAAACAUCCAGACUCAGCUUGUGCUUGGACCUCUUGACACUAUCACCGGCAUCGCCUGACUAGCAGGGAGAAACCGAGUCUGUAAUCUAACACGGAGGACUGAGCCGUCUCUGAAGACUUCGCAGUGACCAUGUGAUAAAAAUAUCCUCGGCCUCAUAGAGAGAACUCAUGAUGGCUAUAUAAACACUCUUGAUAUCCCGUACAAUCAACUCUUUCUCAUCAGCAUCUCUCUCUUCUAUCAACUUCUUCAACUUACAUUCGCUUCAACAAAGCCUCAAAGGCAUAUUUAACAUUCUUUCACUUCUUCCAUCCAUUUCAAACAAACAACCACUCUCUAUCUUACUACCAAAUCUCCUACUACAUCAUCAAAAUGUACUUCUCAAACUUCCUCGUCACUCUGGCCUCGAUGGCCUCUAUGGCUUCCGCCAUCCCCGCCCCAGAUGCCCUCCUCGACACCACCUCCAACAUCUCCCCCAGCGACUUCACCAUCCGUUCCGAUUCCAACAACCUUGAGGCUCGCACCACCUUCUCCUGCCCCGGUGCCAUGUCCUACUGCCCCUGGACCAAGGCCUGCUCAUGCCCCCCCGGCCAGUCCUGGGAUGGCAAGGCCAAGAAGUGCGCUGGCAAGAAGGCUUCCGGCUGCUGGCCCAAGCCCAGUGCCAGUGUCUACGCUGGCGCCGGUGUUGACGUCAAGCUCGGUACUUACUGUGCUGCUUCUCCCUACAAGAUCGUCAAGUACGAUACUAAGCACGCCUACUGCCAGGCCAGCCUCAAGAACACUGUCUUCCUUGCUCCUCUUUCUAUUGGCGCCGAGGUUGCUCUCUAUGGCGGUGCCGCCAUCAACGUCAAGGGUCAGCUGAGCGCCAGCCUCAAGACCGUCUGUGGUGGUCUUGCUGGUCUCUACCUCGAGAGCAGCGCUGAUGCCGUCGCCCUCUUCAACACCAACAAGUACGGAUAUGCCGUCCGCCCCGGUAGCGUAACUGGCGGCCUCGUCUACGCUGUUGUUGACUUCGUUAAGAGCAUUACCUGCUUCCUCGGUCUCGGCAACUGCCAGGUCUAUGACUGUGUCUCUUACUGCUCCAAGGGCUGCAAGAACUAUGUCGAUGUCCGUGGCAGCAUCGGUGGCUAUGUCAACGGACUCGUUGGUUUCUGCAUUGUCAAGGACACUGUUCUCUUUGUCAACAAGGUCGGAGCUUGUGCUUCUGUCAAGAUCCAGGGCCUCAUCCGCAUCGUUGCUAGCAUCCACGUCAGCCUCAAGGGUAUCUUCGGAUGCAACUGCUAAGUGGUUAAAAAUGAUUAUGGACGAAUAGUUGGGUACUCACGGUCUAAUAUGUAAUGGAUGGAGGAUGACUUGGAACUGGAAUGUUUUUCUUUGAUGGGGAUUACCGGAUAAUCCCACUCGUCUGCCGAUGUCUUCUGUGUCUUAUCACAAAUCAAAUAAUUCAUAUGAUAACGCUAAAACCUGGAAUCGAAUCAUGUUUUCUCGGCCUCGAGCUUGUGUUUAGUGAUAAUUAUUAACGAAUGAGCUUCCACAGUGGCUGAUUGGCCUGAAGCUGAGAUUUCCCUUGAAC